GCUCCUCUCUGCCAGAGCUGAUUGUCAAAAUUUCUCUGAUGCGGUGAAACGAAGAUUACGUAAAAGAGAAAAACAAAAUCUUGUCACCGUCUCAUCUGUUUUUCGUCGGCAGCACAUCACAGGUUUGGAUUGCAAUCAUGCUGAGGCUUGCCGUUAAGACCGGCCUCGCCGGAGGUGCCGUAUAUUACUCCCGGGAGGAAGGAAUCUGGAACGAAAACACCGACCAAGUGUACGAACGAUACUCGACGGCACUGCAACCACAUCUCGCGUCGGUAAAGCAGCAAAUUCCCGUCGAGGUUCCCGCUCUGCCCACGACCGGUGAGCUGUGUUUUCUAACCAAACAUUACUGGAACGAAGGCGUGAAGGGUUCGAUCUACUUCGUUCACCGGCUGCCGUGCUAUCUGGGCCAGUGGACCAAGAAGGCUUCGGAUGCGCUCAAACAGGCCAUGAAUCCUCCGCCGCCGCCGGAAAUUGCCCCGGUCGCCGCUGGGGCCGCGGCCACCAAAAUAUGAGGUAUAUGUCGGAGAGGAGUGAACCACCAUAACCGGUCAGUAUAUGGGUAUCAUCUGUUUGAGACGCAAUAAAAACGUAUUACGAUGUAAAGCGAUGUUUUAAACUA